CGAAUAAGAAUUGAUUUCUUAACUUAUCUUUUUUCAAGUAAGAGUCUACUCUACUCUACAUAGUAGGCUAGAACUAGGGCUCUACGGCUGGCGUCCACUUGCAAAGGACCAAUUCGACUCUGAGUUGUCGUAAAGAAAAUCCUUUGGCACUUUCAUGCGUGAUGGGUUGAAGCCACUCCAUAUAAAAGCGUUGUCAAGUAGGCAAGGUGUGGAAAGUAAGCUGCUUCUUCUAUCAAAGAGAUAAAUAGGGCAUUCCUUCCAUGCCUAUUCUUCAAUGGAAGGUGCUCCAUCCUCCUUAGAUGUCACCAGCCCUGCCUGGGCGAGGGAGGGAAGAGAUGGCUAGUAGGGAUUUAAGAGCAGUAAGGCGAGCUAUCGUUGUAAAGAAGAAAGUGUCUUUCAAAACUUUUUCUUCCAAAAGAAAAGUACUACUUUCGUUUUGGUGAUUGAAUGAGGAAAUAGGGAAAUGAACUCUUUAGUUUAAUGAGCGUGCUCGAACCGACUAAAUAGAAAAACCAUGUUUACGAAAAAUAGUAAUUUUAUCUGGCUCUUUUUCCUGUACUAACUCGAAUAAGCGGUGGAUCACUAUGCUUUGGCCGUUUUUUUUUCAACAAAAGCAGUGCGAAUCUAUGAGUGAAAGCUCGAAGAAAGGGCACAGGGUCUCUAGUCUGGAAAGCGAAUCAGCCCUUAUGGGGAUGCACGCUACGGAAUAAAUCCCGUUUGCCUUUCUGAAGAUAUAUUUCUUACUUCUAGAGUGAAAAGUUUUUCACUACUUUAUCUUUAUCUUUAUCACAUGUUGUAAUGUAUUGUAAAGCAUCUUGGAAAGCCCUUGAUAUGCUUUCUUCCUACUUGCCCGCAUCAGAGCAAGCAGAGGUGGAAACAGCAAAGUCAAAGGUCAGAUAUAGCCUUCCCGCGCGGGAUCGCCCUAACUAGUCAUAAUGGUAUGCUGGGUAUCGAUGUCUUACUUAAGCUGGUGGAACGUAGUGAAGGAGAGCUUCCUUUCUCUCUCUCUAUGAAGCUAUAGAUCAUCUAUCGGAGAAAUAGGUCUUGCUGCCUCCUUUCCUUCUCCAGCUUCGGUCUCGCUCACGGAUCUCAAGAGACUAAGAAUCACGAAUGUGCUUAGGUCCCUCCUCACACUCUUCGUAGUACCUCCAGUCUCCUCCACUAAAUCAUUCUCUUCAGCAGUAUCAGGUGCCAAGGAAUCCUUGUAUUCGGUAAAAAAGCUAUGCUAAGAAUCAGCAUAUCCCUUGCGCAAGCAAGAGCGAUUUAUUAAAUAAAUCAAGGAUUCUUGUUAAAUAUAAGAAAUCAAAGUAUUACACGCCAAUAUCCCUUUUAAUCUAUAAUCAGGGGAUUCAUUCUUACUAUAAGUGUUAUGAGAUCAAGUAGGCAUGAGAUAGAGGGUUUUGGUUGUAGCAGAAGCACCCUUCUUGGUUCUCCGUGCUAGAGUAUCACUACGUUUGGCUUCAUUUGUCAACCUUCUAAUCCCUUGUCCUAUAAGGGAAGGGAUUAUACCAUGUGGCCUGCUAUUCUAUCUUAAGGGGAAACCACUCACUCUCUUGACUAUCCUCCGUAAGGAGAUUUGUAUGAAUGAAGCAUCAACCAAUGUUAAUAGCCAGUUGUUGGAUCAGAAUAAACUACCCCAGUUCAGUCUUCUUUCCUCGUUCGGAAUAGAGAUCCAAUACCUGCUUUCAUAGAGCGGCAAUAGCGAAGUACUCUUAAGAUAAGAAGCAUCUCGAUGCGAUGCCAAAACUCCUCUACAUGCGCGCGGUAUGAAGAUCGAAGUAGCUCCUAGUCUAAUGGAAGCCCGAGAUCUUGAUCCUAACCUACUCGUCUAUGGUCCGGUAGACUUGUUGGCCACUUUGUGAGGUGCUACCUUUGAUGCCAAGGAUUAUCGACGAUCUGCUCAUACUCAUGGUAUAGCUGCUGAUGCUAAGUCUAUCUAUGUAGUGGAUGUAAAGAAGCAAGUCGCACAACACUUCUCUAGUCUAUCUAAUGCUGGUGCAGCUUAUGGAUCGGCAGAGCACUAUGCGACAAAAGUUCGGGCGAAUCCGUGACACUAAUGAAGUCAUGGAUAACCUGAACGUACAAAUCUGCACCAGCGCGUAAUUCCGAAAUACAUAUCCUGAUGCUGGUGAUACAUACGAUCUCUCUGAUGGCCCGAGGUGAGGGUUGUAUAUAGUUAGCCCUAUAUGUAUCCUCUCAGGUAUCUCCCUCCCCAUACCUAUACAGACAUAGACUACCUAGAGUUAGAGUAUUUGGGUAUUGCUAUCCCUACGCAAUGUGUUGACUCGGUUUCCUUCCUGUGGUCAUUGCUCUGGUAAUCAAACAUUAACAUGACACUCUCUAUCGUACUCUUUCUUCUCGGUAUCCUAGGAUUCGUCCUCAACCGAAAGUAGAUAGAUCAUCCUCAUGCUGAUCUCAAUUGAAAUCAUGCUGCUAGCUGUGACAGUACUAGUGAUUGUAAGCUCAUUCUCAUUCGAUGAUAUCGUAGGACAAACAUCUAGUAUCUACAUCAUCGCUAUUGCAGGUGCAGAAUAAGCUAUAGGUAUAGGUAUUCUUGUAGCAUAUUACCGUCUACAAGGAGAAAUUUAACUAAGCUAACAUGUAUCGUCCUUCGGGCCCUAGGGUCUAUUCUGACUCUCCCUAUGCUAGGUGCAAUGGGUGCAGGACUCCUUGGACGUAAGGUAAGAAAAACUGGUGCACAUAUUAUUACUUGUGUAGCUAUGUGUACAACAGCUCUCCUAUCUUACGUAGCAUUCUAUGAAGUGGGUCUAUCAGGAUCACCUGUAUCAAUUCGACUUGGUAGCUGAAUCGAUUCAGAAUGGCACAGUUGACUGAGGAUUCCUAUUCGAUAGCCUAACCGCUCAUCGAAGACCUCGCUGUAGUAACUGUAUAAGCACUAGUACACAUCUUCUCGUUAAGCUAUAUGAUAUGGCAGGAGAUACACACAACCAACGAUUCUUCUCAGACCUCUCUAUGUUAACAUUCUUUAUGCUUGUGCUCGUAGCUGGGGACAACUACCUAAUUAUGUUCCUAGGUUGAGAAGGUAUCGGGGUAAGCUCAUACCUACUAAUCAACUUAUGAUAUACACGACUCCAAGCUAACAAGUCUGCUAUUAAGGGCGGCCCUUACUGUGAACCUAGUAGGUGACACAUUCCUUAGCGUAGGAUUCUUUGCUAUGCUAUUCCUAUUCGGUAACCUAGACUAUGCAACAGUAUUAAGUAUCGUAUACUAAUGAAUAUGCACUGACAAUCACUGGACUACUAUUCCUAUUGGAACCAUCCAUUGCGAUGUCUGCCUGAUCGAACUCGCCCUCGGAGGAAAAACUCUCCUCUUUCCACUCAAGUAUGUUGCACCGUAUCUGGUGUGGUAUCCUCUCUUUUGAUAUUUAUGCUUACGAAAGCCCAUAUUGUAAAUAAAGAGCACUUCUUCCUUAUCCUUAUCCUUAUCCUUAUCCUUAGUAGCUUGAUUGCUGUUACACCUGUACUGCGGAUCUUUACUAUACUAUGGCAUUGGUCAAUUGAAAUCGUAAGAGGUUGAGAAGAUCCUUUUCUCAUCUGAUGCUUUGUUGUUUGCUCCGAGACUCAUAAGAGGUGAAAGAACACAAUGUUACUACCGGAUUUCAAGUGAGUGUACCGGUCUUGUCACUACAGAUGGUAGUUGCCGAACCCAUUGUUGAACACGCAGCCUUCUUACCGAGAAAAAACAAAAUGCUAGUUCUAACGAACAGCGUUUGUCCCAUCGACGAAGGCUAAUGAGACUUGCCUUUCUUUGCCCUUGAUUCUACUAUAGAUAUAGAUAUAGAUAUAGAUAUAGAUAUAGAUAUAGAUACGGUGCUGCAAAUUCGCAAGCUGAUCCUAAUCCUAAGUAUAAGUCAAAGUAUAAGUCAAAGUAAAAUCUUUGUCUCAAACCAUCCCAGCAAGAGGAUGCGCCUAGCGCUAGUUGCUCAAUCCCUUGCUUGUUUGUUUUCAUAAAAAGAAUGGUUCUUUUAUGCAAUUAUGAACGGGCAGGCCUCUUGUGGAUUCCUCCAACUCCAUGAAUGAAGGGGGGAGUAUGAGGAAGGCCGAUUUUCUUUCUAUAUGAAGAUGAAAAAAGGAUCAGGGUCAAACAUUUCUGACUUUUGUUGAGUAUGACUGAAUGAGGAAGAGCUCCUUAUGUGGUAUCACUUUACCACCAUCUGAAAUGCGCGAAACUCCGAUUGGUGGAAGCCAGUCCAUGAAGAUUCUCCCUUCUCUUACGUGAAAUUCCCCUCUUUCGGUAAGCAUCCAGUAUCUCAGCAAAUGAACAUUUCUCUAAGCUUAUCCUGUAGCUUAUACGUCGUUUGAAAGCUGCUCCAAGGAUCCAACGAAUAGCUAAGGUUUGUUGACGAUCCCUGGCUACAAUCCCAGGAACAUCAUAAAUAGUACCUGCGACUCCUACUUUGACCACUUCGCAUAUUGGCUUUAUAUUAUCUACGGCGUCAACCAUAAGUUUGAUUACAUCGCGUUCAGUUCGAGCUAGGCGGUGAAAAGUUUUAUAAACAAUAGCACGAACUCUCGUUCUUUUACCAUCGAUCAUGCGAAAGUUUACCAAUUUCUUGAUCAAUUCUUUUUGCUCACCAUCAAAGUCCCCCAUAUAGCUGAGAAUUUCCGAGCAAUUGGAAGCCGCUUUCGAUGACGAGGCCGAUAAAUUGAUAUUACGCGAUCGUUACUGUCCAUCUUUUUCAGCUCUGCUCCCAAAAGAGAAAGGAGACUUAAAGAUCAAUAUGUGGGCGUAGGUUUUUCCAACGAAACGAAAAAAAGAACAUUCGAACAAAUAGACUUGAUUCCAUGACAAAACAAAAUGCUAGUUCUAACGAACAGCGUUUGUCCCAUCGACUUUACUUUGGCCAAUGAUACUACUACUACUAUAUACUAUAUACUAUAUACUAUAUACUAUAUACUAUAUACUAUAUACUAUACGCGUUUUCUGAGGAGCAACAUGAGACUUGAUUUUCCGUUGGUUUUUCUAUUUUCUAACGAAAGUAUUAAUUAAUAUGCAGGAUAAUAUAAAUGGUUGGUUUUGUUCAAUACUUAGGUAUAGGUAGGGCUGACUACGCCACCUCAGCAGCUGGGACUGGAAUUGCUUACAAUGCAUCUGGCCACUGACUGAAUUCGAAGUAGGGCCAGUGUAUAAAGACCGGCUUAUCUCUCUUAAGACUUAGUCCACUUUCUACUAGAAUCAGAUUUUCUAGUUUGCAAGCAGGUGUGCCAGCUGUAACAAAAACUUACGGCUUAGGUGGAUUUCUUUAGUCAGUCUAUAACUCAGGCUUUUCUUUAUAGGACUCCCACACAAGUAAGUAGCUAGCUAGCUGGUAUUGCCAAAGCCAAAAACACUGCUGCAUUCGAAAAGGCGAACCGCGCGGACCCGACUUCUUCCUUUUAUGCUGAAACUAGCCGCCGGGGGAAAAGAGCCCGGAAGGGUAAAAAAAACAACUAGAAGCCAUUGGGCUAUUACUGCUACAGCGAGAUAUUGCCUGAAAGAGUUAUCCCAAAAGAAGGUUCUUCUGAAACGAGUGCUCAAGCCAACAAGCAAACGUAUACUUGAUUUUCUUCUUUUCUUGCAGCAUUCCUAAACUCAAAGCUCUAUAUUCUAUUCUUACGCUUCCAAUAUUCUCUUCCAAAAGCAAUAGGUUGUCGACAGAAGUCAAUGAAGCAACGUUUGAAAGAAACAACACUUCUUUCUCAAUUUCCACUUUAGAUAGGAGAGUCUGGUCCUUAUAUGAAACUGGUAUGCCAAGUGGAAUUCUGAGUACGGUUGUAUAGGACUGCUUUCAAGAUAGCGAGCAAGACCUACUCUCCUGGAAUGGGGCUAGUCAAAAGAAGACACCUUGAUAAGGAUUUGCUAACCUCUGACUCCCUUUCACUUCAUAUUGGAAUAUAUGAAACUCUCAAAGAUGUGCUUUCACUUUGAUGACAAGAUUCUCAUCACGUACUUACUCUUACAUAGCUCAAUCAAUCUGCUAGAAAGCUCUGCUCAGAAUGAAUUUAUGGGGUAUUAGCCACAGCAAGUAUAAAAUAAGUUUCUUUGGAAAGCAAGAACGAAGUAGGCGAGGAAAGGCAUACAUAGGUCAGAAAAGUAUGCAUGGUCGUCACGGCACGGGUAAGGAUUCUCAUUCCAGCAUUCUUGGGUCUAGUUUUGUUUGGACUUGGGCUUAGAUGUAGUGGGUUCUUGGGCCACAGCUUUACCUAUCAAAACCUUCGAAGGAGCAUUAGUCUUUGACACAUCAAUCAACCCGGCGUAGGAGCAUGGGAUUUGGACACAUCAGCACCAAACCAGUUGUUGAAGUGGAGUAUGAGCUUCUAUCCAAUCGAAAGAAGAAGCAAAGGCUUUUCGGUAAAGUAUCCGUUUUUUAGUGGUCCUUGCAUUCACUCCUCCAAGGAGGUGGUAAUUCAUCCAUAGUACGUACGCCUAUCUAUGGAAAAGUUCUUUUGUUGCUUCAGCUGUCAACGCAUUCUCAGCCCCUGCAUAAUGUUUUUAUUAAUAAGCUCUCUAUCGGCCGAAAAGGUCUUCUUUAGACCAGCGGAUGGAUAAGGCUUAGUUUUGUGCUUUUCACCUUCCACCGGCUUCGAGGCAAAGAUAUCCGGGGCCCUAUUCUUAUAUUCACGUUAAUGAAUGGAUGGGUAGCACGGAAAAGUAAGUGCUAACAAGAUGAAAGGAUUGUCCAAUACACAUACAUACCAGUUAGAAGAGGGAAGGGUGGCCUCAGCUGUCGGAGCCAAGCAUCGGAUGUACUUCCUCGAUGAAAAGGCACUGGAUAGCGAUAGACGUACGAUUUCAAUCAAUUCUCUAGGGGCCCUGGAGAAUUGAUUGAAACAAGUCAAGUAUUGGCGUAGUCAUAUACAUAUAUCGUCCUUGGCUCGUAGGCGUAAUUCGUAUUCGUAUUUGUUAUUAAUUUCUUUACUACGUCGUAGGAAUAUCUCUAAAUAGGAAUCGUAUGUACAUGUUUCGUAUUGUGAUAAAGCACCUAUGCCGCUAGAAAUAGUAGCGCCUUAAAGAAGGCGUUAUUUACAAGAUGGAAUAGUGCUACGUCAUAAGCAGAAAGACCACAAGCCAUAAAUGGGUUACCUAGCCACAUAAUUACAGACAGGGACCCAACUCUUAGGCCAGUCCGAAGGGCAUUGAUGGAACAAACAAAGGUAGAAGAUCUUGAUUCUCUGCAAUUCGGCUUCAACCCGAUGGAGCUCUCUUCAAAACAUAUCUUUCGGCGUCAGUCUUUCCUGCCUUACCUUAACCCCGCUUUCACGUGGCGAUUCGGUAUGAGGUUUCUCUGAUCUGUUUACGGUAUUCUUGAAGCUUUCUUUCUUGGUCACCGGACAGAGUGAGAACUGCUCUGCUUGCUUUCUUUCCCUAGCACACACUUAGUAGAUAGUAGGCACAACUCCGCUAAGAGCUCAUCGAACUUUACUUGUAGAGUGAGACCUGUGCUCGAUAUGGUUCAUUUCAGUGCUCUUUCUCUCGGUAUGGUUCACCACAUGCCUGUGAUCUCUCUCAAGCUAGGUAUCGGAGAAGUCCGUCAUGGAAUUGAAGUGGUAGAGUGGUAAGUGGGCGUACGGUCUAUGUAUUUCUUAUCAGUGGCAUUAGUUCCUUUUCAUUCUCUAGAUAGAUGAACAAGCUUCUCUUUAUAUUAUAGAAUAGAAAGGAUCAAAAGGGCUCUCUCAUCUCCUAUUUGUUUGAGCCAUUCAUUAUAGUGGUGGUGCCGGGAAGGCAGCUUAGCACUCUAGUCCUUUUGAGUAAGGAAUUGUAGCACGGGCAGGCAAGAGACAACCUAGCGAACUGAAACAUCUUAGUAUAGUAUAGUAUAGUAGAGAAUUUGGCGUUGCCACAUAAACAUAUAAGUAAGGUUGUGGACCAACUAUCCGGCAUAGAGGGAAAAAAAAGCAGUGUGCCUUCUACUCAUCGCCCAAUGGGUACUCGACCGACUUCAAUUGGUUCACGAUGUGGUUGAACUCGCUUAUCGGCGAGGUACUUUAGGCCAUUUUGAGGAGCCGACGCAGGGCAGGGCAGGAGAUGAAGUUUGUUUGAACUAAAGGGCGAAAGCUAUAUAAAAUAUACCGAAAUGAAAGAACUGCUGUUUUUAGCAAUUGAAAGUUGGGGAAAUCGCUCAGUUGGUUAGAGUGCUGGCUCUGGGAAUCCACGGAUCACGCCACACUCGGACAGUUCGCCCAUUGCCAAUAUGCCAGAUGAUGGAUUCCUUGGUUUUAGUUAGUCGCUGCUCUUUCUAUGGCAGUGGUUGAUCCUCUCGUCGUGGGUCGGUUUAGUCAUUAGCUCGAGAGGACAGGGGAGAGAUAGGAGACAAUCUAUGUAACCUUAGCCUACCCCAAUAGUAAGUAUCGGAAAAAGGACUCCUUCUCGAAAGAGAUAGGCAGUCAUCGCAUUAUCUACUUGAUUAUGAUAUUUAUUUUUAUCCAACGGAUAAUGCAAAUCGCCUAUAAAUUAAAGUGAAAGUUCAGUACGAACUGGUAGAGCGAGAGCAGCUAGUUUAGAAGGAAAAGAAAAAGGGCGCCUACUCAGUGGUAAGUUAGGUCAUUCCUUUCCGGCUAUCAGAAAAGAGUAUGAUCGAGGGUCCCAUAAGGCAAAGGGAAGGUGCUCCCCCGACCUACUACCCUCGGAGAGAUUCCUACGGUUGCAAUGGUGAGUUGUGAACUUUGUAGAGCUUCGUUCUAGUUCCAUCAUUUUUCUGCAUUCUUUCUAAAGUGCUAGUUUCCUCUAUUUCUAAUAUCAGAGUAACACGGGAAUUCUCUCUGGGAAUCCGCUCCCCCUGCUUGCUUGUAUUGGGCAUUUGGCAGAGGCAGGUUCUCCAUCAUUAAGAGGCUUCUCACUUUGGUAUCGAUAUGCGUCUGAACUCCUCCACUCUUUCACUAGGGGUACACACAACUCUGGACUUGUGCAGCUAAUAGAUUACUUUCUCAAAACAGCCUAUUUUGGAGGAAAUGCCCAUGGGAAUACGGUUCUUGGGAUACCACAGGGGAGUACCAUCUCACCGGUCCUUAUGAACAGCUUUCCCCACUGAAUCAUUAGAUCACCCGCUUAUGUUCCCUAGUUGUCCAGGUGUGACCUAGUUUGCUUAGUAAGUAUGGAAGGACAAAAGACGAGUACAGAUGACUACUAUUCUCCGGCAGAAAGUCACUCAUUUCCUCUUAAAGGUCCCAAAGAUAUGAGUAAAAAACUCUUCCAAAUCAAAGAUUUGCCUAUUCUUCGUAGUACGAGAAUACUCUUACUUCUCAUUGACACAGACGAGAAAGAAGUAAGUAGAAUAAAGGAAGAAUGUUAGUAUAGUAAAAGGAAAAGAAAAAUCCAUUAUAUAUGCUAUAUCUCAUUCACUGAGUAGUGCAAUAAGCAACUAUUCGUUGACACCAACUCACUUAUACUUGAAGACAGGAACAUAGUAAAGUCAGCUAAUCCAUUGACACAUUCUCUAUUCUAAGACAAGAAAAAAGAGUAACUGAAGAAUAGUACUCUUUCUAUUGUUCAUUUCCUAUGAAUCUUUCUUCAUUCACUUCAUUGAAAAGAUAUUGUGCAUUUACCUAAUUUCCUGUCAUAGAUAGUCUAGUGAAGCUAGCUUACUAAUGCCAAGAACUACUACUCACCAAAACCUAUCCUUACUAAUACACGGCUAUAUGAUAUUCUUAUUUAUUAUUCUAUUUCUAUAUUUACUCAUAUUCUAGUUUCGUAAAGCUAUACUUUAGAGAAGGAAAGAGAGAUUCUAGGACCACUUGCCCAUAAGAAUAAGACCGAACUUAACUACCUGUAACUGCCCCAACUGCCCAUGUGUACUAACCCCCCGAAAUCACUUUCCCUACUGCUACGUUGAAAUGAAAAUGCCCGCCUCCAAUCCGCUUAGUUAGACCAGACUCUCAGACAUAUGAUUGUUGAGUUAGCCAAGUGAGGGGUUCGUUCAGCCCGUCAAUAAAGCUAUUCUCGGUAUAGAAAUAGAUAAGAAGAGCUCCAAUUAGGGGCAGGCGCAAUAAGGAAGGAUUGACGAGACCCACCGGAACUUCAACUUUCAGUCUUCUAUACGUUACCUGCCUGGAAACAUGUUGGGUCGUGUCUUAACAUUCCGUUCUAAGAAAGAUUCCACCUCUCCUCGACUACCGAGAACCAGCCUUCUUUCUCCAGCUAGAGGAGAGAGGUUUCUUUCAUGUUAUAUUCAAAAAUUGAAUACCCUCAUGUCUUUACUAUACUAUGUGUACAAAUCCGGCACUUAAAGCGGUACUCCCUCCCCAGGGAAUGAAUGCACGUCCAAUUAGAAACUCCCCUCCCUACGUGGGACCUAUCUUCCUAAUGCCUUGCUUCAACUACUACUUAGAGUUCUCCAACGGACCUGUAGAUAUGGUAUCUAGUUUGCUUUGAAUAAAUCAAGUUGUAAGAAAGUGAUCUAUCUCAUAGUUCUCCAUACCCAAAACCAUUUAUUUCACUGCAAAGACGAGUACGACAAGAAGAGAGGAGUAGUACAAAAGACCCAUAUCAUAGAAGAGUGAGACCUCCAUAAACUCUUACCUAUCCCAAUAGACACAUGACCUAGCCUAGCCCCCACCGCCCUAUUUCCUGUACCCACGUUCUUUCAAUGCCAAUACUGCUACUCAUACAUAUGAGACGGCAGAAAAAUGGGCGAGAAAAAACAUAUCUACUUUACUAGACUAGUAAUACCAAGUAACGUAACGAUUCUAGUUUUAUUAGACUCCUUACAAGCCCUAUUUUUUACAAGUCAUAGAGUCAUCCGCCCUGUUUUCCUCCUAUGCUUCUCUAUUCCUAUCAAUAAGCCCUUCUCCCGAUAUUCCUAUCAAGAAGAACUCUCUCUGCCUGGCUUUGCUAGCUUCGUUCUCCUUACCAUAAAGUCUAUUUAUUAUAUUAUUGGAUCCGACCUGUGAGAAACCAAUCGGAGUUCCUACAUUGGUAUUACUAGUUGAGCCUAUAUGAGCGUACGUUGGAUACGGUGCAGUUAUAUAAGCUAAGAAAGAGCUGCUUAUAAAACCUUCUAAUAUACUGAUCGGUGGCUAGGUCAUUGGUGCUUCUGCUUUUCUUGCCUCCAACCAUGCGGUACAAGCUCAGAUAUCUUUAGAUUGAGCUAAGUGAUAUCGCUAGGCAACCCCAGCGAACUUCCAACCUAGAUCAGUCCUAGAAGUUCGUUGCUCUGAUACCGAAUCACGGAAGAAGAAGAAAAAGCCAUUUAAAGACCCAAAUAUUCAGUUAUAUCUUAUAGCAGUCAGUGGAAAAAUGAUCAUCGGUUCGCGGAUUGUUUUCACUCUGUUCUUCGCUUGAAUGGAAUUCUUCUUCUGCCUAGCUUUUGGUUCUCUUUUAGGAUCGUCACGUUAUACGUUACUCUUUCGUGCCGUAGUUACUCACUGGGGAUGAAAGCCAAGAACUAAACGAUCAAGAAAGAGGCAAAUGAGAAAGAAGAAGGAGCAGGGUCUCGUGUCCACUAAGAAAGCAGACAGUCCAGUCUAGCAUCUCUAUAUCUAAUUGAGUGGAAUAAAAACACAUUAUCGAAAGAGUUCUUUCGAGAAAUUAUGAUUCAGACGAAAGUGGUCAGUUCUGUUCUAUUUGAAUCUGAGCCGCGGAAUCAGCAUCUACCCAAUCCUCAGUCGUACAAUGAAGGCUUUAAACCAAAUAAGUUAGAGGCAGCAGUGAAACAAGAAAUUACCGAGCGAGCACCAGGCUUGGGAAUAUGUUGAAAGAUGGAAAUGCAGAGAAGAGGUAAGAGGAAAUUAUACAGGCUUGCCUACAAUCCCUUUCCUUGUCAGAAAAGCAAUUUCACCCCUAACUUAAGAUGCUUACCUACCACUACUACUGGCUGGAGGCAAUGGCUUUAGGAUAUGCCCUGACCGAGCUACGUAUCUUUCCUAUGGGUGGGUGAAAAAUAAAAGUACUAGGAAGAAAUGUGCUUUUUGUGCGUGCUUUUUUUCUAGCAAAAGUGCUGCAAUAGAAUUUUGAAAAAGCUUUAUUUAAAAGAAAAAGUAUCAUUCGCAAAGCUAAACAAAGUAAAGUAGAGAAAAGGGGGUCAUCCCCUUGGCCAGACUGAGCAUCAAGCCAGCCAAGAAGUCAAAGCUGAGAAGGAGUGACUCGCAUGAGUCAACACUUACUACUCAGGUCCGGUAGAGCAAUCUCAAAUUAUCAUAUAGAAAGAAACUCUCGACGGGAGGAGUAGUUUCAAAUAGAAGUGAAGUAAACAGAUUCAAGUUAGCCCAGUGUAGAUCCUUGGAAAAGCAGUUCAAAGCAAAGGUUUUGUUAUUGAAAGCACUACUUUUACAUAUACAUAUAUAUGAAGAUGAGUUUUAUCAAAUCCUGUGGUGACUUCCCAAGCCAAGGUAAAAAUGUGAAGUAAGGAUUUCCCAUAUAUAUGAAACUAAAAUGAACCCUCCUCGGCUAAGGUUGAAUCAGAUAUAGAAGAAGCGGAAGCAGGAAGCUGAAGGAUAUCCGUAGCGAAUGAGGAAUAGGACAUGCAUGUGAGCUAGCGAAAAGGGAAUAGCACAUUCUCUAGGGUUCGUAUCAAGCGCUAGCAAAUGGAGAGGGUCAAUCGAAUCCGUAUCCUCGAGCGCUGGGUCUGUCCUCUAAUGAGGAGCUCCUUGCUUUUUUGAUCCGUGAAUCCGGAUCUGUACCUUCAUCUGAAAACUAUUCGCCGGUUGUCCGCAUUCCUCUCCUCGAGCGAAAGGUGUUCCCACGCAAUCGCUAUCGCUGUUCCUACGACGUAGUCAAUACGCAUUGGAAUAAUGGCAUCCCCUCCACCGUAGUAAAGUAAGAAGUAACGGGUCUACGCCCAGCUUCCUUGUUCGGUUCUGGUUACGGGAACGGUUGACUUUCGAAAUAAAAUACCCUUCUUCCCCGUUUUGCAAAUUCACCUAGAGCUAGCGAAGCGAGUCCGUUUCCAGCGAUGAAGAGCUUUUUUAUUUAAUGAAAUAUUGGUCUACGCCCUCCUUUGAUGCCCAGAGGAAGAAAAGCGAAGGAAAGAAUACUAUCUAUAACUAUAACUAUAAGGGAAGGGAAGGGAAGGAUAUUGAUAAAAAAUAGGAAAUGGAAGUAGAUGAGCGUCUGUCAGGUGCUUGUUGACAUUUAUAUUGGAAAAGAGCUUUCGGUUCUAUUCCUUUUUAGUUUUAAGUAAAGGCUUUUUAUCGACGAAUAAAUAAGCUCUUUCUACUUUGCCUUAAAAGCUCGUCCUAAGGAAAGCAAUUUGAACUUGCUUGAGAAGAUAGCAGAAGUUCUAGUUAUUACAGCUAAAGUGAUAGCAACUCAUGAACGAAGUGCUCGACCAUAGAUAGGGAACGAGCGGAAAAAAAGUAGCGAGUGGAGCCAUAGAAGAAAACUUUUUUCUUUAGGUCAAGGUGAUAGCAAACCAUUUUUACAAUGGCACAUAGCUGGCUUCUAUCUUCUAUCCUAUCUUAUUAUGCCGACGCCUUUCUCGGCCAAAUGAUAGAGGCGCUUCGGACAGGUAGAAGGACUAAUUCAGUCUAUUGGUGUGGCUAUCGAAACUUCUUCGUCUAGUCUAGAUUGGCUGUACGGGUUACAGUUCUUCUUUGUUAUUGGAGUCGAGGUAGCCACCACCGGGAAAAGGAAAUAGGCCUUCAUUCGUUUUCUUCCUCGUAGUCGUCCCCCGGCUAAGGUAUCAUCAGAUAUAGAAGAAGUAGAGACUGGGGGGAUAUAGCUAAAAAGGAAUAUAACUCGUCCGAGGGCGUGGGCGCAGGUGCAGUGCCAGUUUCAAGAAAUGCGUAUCGAGAUACCAGUAUCGGGCUGGUAUUGGCUCAGGGCCCAGCUUCACCUAAGAACAGCCCUUUUAUAAUAUCCAUAGCGUAUAUGACCGUAGUUACCAAGCCCUAUAACGGAAUUCCCAACAACGGAUGCCUAUACGGCUUUGUGAAAUCUAGUUGUAGUAAAGUAAAGUAUAGAGAUUUGAAAGCAGCUGGAUCCCAAGAGCACUCUUAUUCCUCAGCAAAGGUUUCGCAUCUUUAUCCAUCAAUACGAGACGAGCUAUGAAUACGAUAGAGAUAUUCCUUGAGAACGUUCUUUGCCUAGCUCAUCUACAGGAAACAGAUAGUCUUUCCCAUCACUCCAAUCUUUACUUACCUACCUUGGCUUAACUCAUUAACUUCCACGACUGGGUUAUCUAUAACUCCUUAUGAAGGCCUUCAUUCUUCUCUUAUUUCAACUCGCCUGUCCCUGUCAACUAGAAAGGUAGUAAGCAAGUACUGAACAGAAAUCCAUUAGCUUAACACAUGCCUACGUUACAAACAUUAAGGGAAGGGUAAGGUUGAUUCAUUUUCAUUUUGUUUUUCAUUCACAUAGGAACUUAGCUUUGAAAGAGGAUGAGCGGUAAAAUGGAUUAUAUAGCAUUCCUCUCUUUUCUUGCAUUUCUGGAUUUCCUAUCCUAGUUUAGCUCAUGGUGGUUCCCCUUUGGGAAAGGGGGUUCUCCUUGAUCCCAGUUUAGUAGGAAUUGUUUUCAACUAAGGAGGUUGAUUGAGCAGGAAGUUGGAAAUGAUCUGAGUGGCAGUAAUCUUUUUGAUCUAAUCACAAAAUGUCAAUAUCGAAUUACUGAAAACAAUUGAGAGGAAAGAGAUAAGCACAUUCUAUUUGUCCAUCUAAUGGAAAUGGUUGUCAAGAAUCUAUAGUGUAGUGUUCUAUUCAAAUCAAUCUGUAGGAACCUCUGGUACUGCUAUAAUAUAAGAAGGUACCCGGCAGGCUUGAAAGCACGAGCUGUCUUAGCUCUUUGUUCUGUCUGAGCUUGAACUAACCUGUGAAUUCGAACAUUGACUUUUUUAAUACGUUUGUGACGCUUGCUUCUUUCCUUGCCAUAGCUAUUAGGUAACCCCCCCGGUAAAUGCCCCGGUCUGUCUAGCUUCUUACACUCGGAAGGAAUCGUUGAACUGGAGUUCCAGCUUUCCAAAAAACCCUGUCUCGCAGAGCACCAAUUAACUCUUUUAGGCCAGUCUCAGGAGUUUAUUUAUUUGAGCCUCUGUCUCGGAUAAGAUUAGUGCGAGCCACAUCCAAAUACCU